CCCGGUCCACCUGGAGCCGCGCAGGCUGCUAUGGUGGGAGGGCCUGGACAGAGUGGGCCGAGGGCUAGCCUUUCUCUCCCUGACCUUAACCUGUUUUCAGCCACUGGCCCUGUGAAGAGCCAGCCACUCCUGCCAGAGUUCCAAACCCAUAGAGAGGGCUCCAUCUGCACCCAGGUCCUCCAUGCCUCAGACACUCCCAGAUACUGCUUUCCUCUGGGGCCUCUGAGGAGCACCCCACAGUUCCUCGCCCACACGCAGGGGAAGGGGCUGUCCUGGCUACCCCGGACUUCAGCUCAGUGUAUCAGACGUUUCUGGGUGCAUGCCCCGUAGCAGGCUUGCACCAUGUGCCUGUCAGAAACCUGCAGUGAAGCACAGUUCCCCGACGGCCACCUCCCACUCACUCACAGGGGAGACAGGCUUGUGGAUGCAGGUGCCACACUGGGGGCGUGGUAGGAGGGGGUGUCCCCAGAAUGGGGCGUGGCUUGGGCGUGGCCCGGUAGUGCUGACUGCCUGCCAGAGGUGAGGGGUUUCAUCAGGCUUCACCAGCGAAGCCUUGACUCGGCUUGAAACCGGUAGAACUGUUUGGUUUUUCCAUAGGCAGCCUGCCCAGGGUUACAGCUGUGUGGAGCCAUGGGAGGUGGGGCUGGAGGCUGGAGGGGAAGGUCAGGGCCACACUGAACAUGGCAUCACAUACCCAGUGGAGAAACUCGGACCUCGUCUGGCAGGUGGGGAGGGGCCUGUGUUUGUAAAUACUCCAGCAGCCUUGCGGAGGAUGCUUUGGUGGGCAGAGGUGGAAGGAUGGGGCGGUGACAUUAGAGGUAGGGGUCUGUAGCAGUGGGAGGGGCAAUGGCAGUGGCCGCACAGAUUACGGGUAACCUCAGCUAGUCUUGGGGACUGGCGUGGAGGAAGAGGGUGGUGUCUAGGAGUCGAAGAGCGGGAAGGACAAGGGGCUUUGGGGUCAGGCAGAGCAGACAGAAUUCCAGGUUCCUGGCAGGGCAAGCCUUGGUGGACACAGGAUGCUGAGGCAGGCUUGUGGGGGACAUGUUGUCUCCAGGACUUACAAAGGGACGUGACUGACCACUGGGAACUGAGUCAGGUGUAACAGGGUGACGGGGCUGAGGAACCCCUAGAACUUGUCAGCCUCUAGGGUAGUUAGGACCAGGAGCGUGAAUGAGGCCACUGGAGGAGCCAGGGUUGGAAACAAGGGCUUCCCCCCAGAUCCCUCAGCGGUCACAGGAGAGUGGCUGGGCCCGUCAGCAGUUGGCCAUCUCAGGCAACUGGGUUAGCAAAGCUUCAGAGCUCUGGGUUCUGAUACAACAGAUCUGGCUGGGGCCAGGGGUUUUGUUUUGAAGGCUUUUGGUGGUUCUGGUGAAUGAGGUUUGCACUGCAUGUGUAAGUGGGCUGGGCCUGGCUGCUGAGCGGAGAACCAGGAGCCAGCCAGAGGCCUUCCAGUGGUGCCUGCAGCUGAGCCCAGGCCUGCGAGGAGAGGGUGUCCAGCGCAGGGUCGAGCUGCACUUGGUCACUCGGCACUGUCCAGGCUGCAGAGUCCAGUGAACCAAGCCCUCCCUGCCUUUCCGAAGCCUGCACCCGAGGGGCAGCUCCAGACCUCUGCCACCAUGCCUGGAAGCCCUCCAACCUGCCUGAGGCUGCUUUAAGCUGCAGGGAGUGGAGAGGGAGAGGCCCUCCCUGCAGGGACAGACAGCAGGACACGGAGACCCUGAGCUGGGCAGGGUUGAUAGACCCACUCUGGGCUUCUCAGCUGCCAGGACCUGCCCUGGGCUCCUGCGAUGCCAACAGGGGUAGGGUGGGGUGGGGAGGCUGUGGGAAUGGCUGGGGCUCUGGGUGGUGAGGAUCCCCUGCCCUCUUUGGAGGGCCUACCGUAUGCCAGAUGGUCGGGUGUGUUAUGGACUUUACUUUCCAGAUGAGUGAGUUUAGGCACACACAGAUGAAGUGACUCGUGCGGCUAGCAAGAGGCAAGGUCAGGACCUGAGCUGAGAUCUGACUCCACAGGGUGUGCCCUUAUUCCCUGGACAGCAACAUCAGAACAAGAUCCGGUUUAGCACCUAUUAGCCAACGGCAUGAAUAAGAACAAAAGCCUCAGGGCGGACGUCCCCAGGUCUGCCCCGGAGCCGGUGCUGACACAGGCCUGGAAUGAAGGCCCUUUGUGAGGUGGCCCUGGGAGCUGGCAGCAGGUUCCGUCCUGCCAGAAGAGGGACAACAGGAGCCAGGACCUGUGUAGAAGAUGGUUCUCGCCAUGGUGGGGGCUUUGCACCCCCGGGCUGGGCUCAGCCUCUUCCUCCUCCACCUCCUCCUGGCGGCGGCACUGCUUCGCUCCCAUCCUCUGAGGUGCCCCUUGGGGCAGAAGGGCGGGGCACCGGGGGCUGGGCAGCACAGGUGCUGCCCUCCCCUCCCUGGAGUGGGGCUGGCCCUAUUACCCUGGAUGUGGGAGGGCUUGCCAAGUGCCCCCACACCGGGCCAACUCCCCAUUCACAAGGAGGUGCCAGUGGCCUCCAGGGCCAGGGCCGAGCACCCCAACAUCUCCCACAGGUCUCAGCAGUCUGCUCCCGAGGCGUUCUCUGCCCCCCUGGAACUCUCGCAACCAUUUUCCGGCCUGGUGGAUGACUAUGGCGUCCGCCCCAAGCACCCAUGGCCGAGAGGGCCUCGACCCCUCCUGUCCCGGGCCCAGCAGCGCAAGCGGGAUGGGCCUGACAUGGCUGAAUAUUACUAUGACGCCCACCUGUGACCCCAGGCCCUCAUAAAGCUAUUCUGCGUG